AAAAAAAACAAACUCUCUAAUAGCGAUUGAACCAACAAACGAUAUGUGUCUUCCACGAAUCGACUCAGUCUCAUCUCCAAGGUUACCCAUUGUUACUCUUAUUUUCUUCAUCCUUGACAGAGAGGUGACUCGAAUCAAUUCUUACAGAAAGCUUCUUUUUUUUUUGCAUGUCUCUCCGAUGGCUUAAAUAUAAUCGAAGUUCAAAUCGUGGUGAGCUGAUUCAACAGACAAAAAACUCCAAAGGUUUGUCUUCAUGUUCGUAAAUCCACCAUUAAUAACAGGUUUCAUUCGUCAGAAGAAAUAAAAGAACAUUUUUUUCUUAACUGCUGGUUCCUCUUGGUUAAACAGAAGAAGAUGGAAUCUCCGAAAGUAUAUCUCCAUCCGAUCCGUAAAAGUUGGGUCCGAUGAUUUUCUUUCUUAUUCCGAUGAGAUGGGAACUUGUUGCGAUGACAGUAAAAUGGAACUUUAAAGUGUAAGCCGUACAAACAUAAAGGUUUGCAACGGGAGUUCACAAACAUCUCUACAAAUGAAAAAGUUUGUAUCAUUAAACAUUGAUAGAUAUAUAAACUAUCACAGAUUCACAGGUGUGGUGACUUUGGCUUCGACCAACCCGUCUUCCAUGGCCUAAUCUCAUCAAGGUUUUUCCAUUGGUUAGAUCGUCUCAACAUAGAUAUAUAAAUUGAGAAACAAGGUCAAAGGACGUUCCCAAAUUCAUCAACAACAACCAACAAUGGCAAUUUCCAUGACUCAUCUUCUUGUUACCAUCAUGCUUCUAGCCGCCCACUCGGCCUUCGCAGAAACAAACAUGCUUCAAGAUUUGUGUGUUGCUGAUCUCAAGGGUUCAAAAGUCAACGGAUACCCAUGCAAAGACCCAUCACAAGUAACACCAGAGGACUUCUACUACAUGGGCUUAGCCAAUGCUGCAGACACCAGCAACACCUCAAUGGGCUCAGCCGUCACAGCAGGCAACGUUGAGAAAAUCCCUGGCCUCAACAUGAUGGGUACCUCCAUGUCUCGUAUCGACUACGCACCAGGCGGACUCAACCCGCCUCAUCUUCAUCCCCGAGCUUCCGAGGCCAUAUUCGUCCUCGAAGGAAGUCUCUUCGUCGGCUUCUUGACCACCUCUGGAAAACUCAUCUCCAAACACGUCAAAAAAGGAGACGUCUUUGCAUUCCCGAGAGCUCUCCUCCAUUUCCAGCAGAACCCUAACAAAACUCCUGCCUCCGUGAUCGCUGCUUUCGAUAGUCAGAACCCUGGGACACAAAGUGUUGGACCGUCUCUGUUUGGUGCUAACCCUCCCAUUCCUGAUGACUUGCUUGCCAAGGCGUUCUCGCUUGGAACAAAUGAGAUUCAGAAUAUUAAGGGAAAAUUCCAAAAGAAAUGAACAUAGGUUUCAGACCAUACACAUUAAUACAAUAAUGUUAAUACAAAUAAUGAACAUAAAAUCUGUAAAUUACUAAGCAAAAGCAAAGAAAACUUGUACAUUUUAUUUUAAUUGUUGUAGAUACUCGUAUAUUUUUGGCCCAUUGAUUACAACAAGACCAGUUUCAACUA